CAACUAUUUUCUAUUUUAAUCAAUUUUACUUUUUUUUCUUAAAUUAUUAUAUUUAUUUUAGUAAUUUUCUAAUUCAUUGCCGAAUUGAUUGAUUGCACAUCUCCUCUAUUGUCAAUCCGAUUCAUUGUGCUUAUGCCGUUUGUCACGUCAAAUCAUUAUCGCUUUCUAUGUGUGUUCCGUGGAAAACACGUUGAGGAGGAACGUGAGGUAUCAAGUGAUGAGGAAACACAUGACAUCAGACCACGGACACUGUGGCCAGACAUUGGUGAAGAGGAAGAGGAGGAGGAGGAGGCGAACAAUGCCAGAAAAACUUACGAUUUAGAUUUUAAUAAUGAAGAUGAAUAUGACAUCCCACCAUUUGAUGAUCAGAAGCCUAGUGAGGCAGCACGCGCCUUACUCAGGAGUAUUGAGGAUCGAGAUGAAUUUGACUCACUUAACGAAGCUCACUCACCUUAUGAUCCUAACGCAUCAUUUCAGAGCCAGGACCAUGACUCUAAUCCGUUAGCAGAUAACUUUAUCUCCGAAGAUUACAGUGCACCAGGCUUGAAGGGCAAGGCUUCUCUCCACAACGACUAUCAAUCACCUCUGCAAUCAUCUAUUCUUUCACCCUCAUCCUCACCUGUACUUGCCCGCAAAGACUUGCAUGUAUCAUACCUGCCGGAACGGUAUACAGGAAAUGAAUGUGAAUCUAGCUCACGUCCUUUGUUGACUCGAAAGCAAAGGCAGGACUAUGAGAAUCAAGCUACAGAAGAAAUCGAGGAAAAGAAGGAAGAGGAUGAUGAGGGCCAGGCUAUCGAGCACCACACACACAAACCAUCUCGGUUGCCGCGGAGCGAUAGACCUUCACAUCAACCUUCGGCCAAGCUGCAUGAGCCUGACAGUGGUUUCGCAGAAGACGAAGAGGAGGAGGAGGAGGACAAAAGAACCGAAAAUAAGUAUCAGUGGAUGCAGGAUUACAAUGAAGAAGCAGGUGCGGAUUUCUCACCCUCCGUGGCCGAGGAACAGAGCUACGUGGACGAAGUGUUUGCAGGCGAACCUGACUUUGUCCCAGGAACGGCUACACCUUUGCAAGGCAACCCAUGCAUUGAAUACGUUGCUGGUCAGCGUACUCCGCCACACCCCGACUGCGGUGGCCUUGAUACGGAUGUGAUCCUCUUUACCAAGACCCCUGCUCCCAUUGAUCGUGGUUACCAUUCAGAGAUGGUCUUUACUGUGAUGCAUGAGACUGAGGGACGGAAACAAGAAUAUGAGCUGGAAUCUUGUACGCCGAACGGUCAGUGGCAAAAGCAAAGGCUAGAGGAAAAGCGAGAGCAACAUAAGCUGCAACAGGAAGAAGAGGAGUAUUACGACUCAGAUUGGUCAUCUUCGUCAUUAACAGUGCGGUCAAAGCCAGCGCAUAAUCCUUUCCAGGAUGACCGAGCAGAGCGAUAUAGCCAAGGAAUUGACCCGAAAGAGCAAUAUGAGCAGGAAUUAGCCAUUAGAGAGAAUCGACGGAUUUAUGCCAGGCAUCAUCUGUCGUACAUGGCCCGUGGAAACAAGUUCUAUUUUGAACCUCAACUCUACGAAGAAGCCACCCCCUCAGCUGCCUAUGGAGCACGCCUCCCUCGUGUGCUAUGGCCGUCAAAGCCAAAGAAAAAUUCAUCCAAGCGACAAUCACUACAGUCGGAUGAUGAUGAGAAUGAGGCUGACACAAGUAUUACAGAGGAAGAAUAUUUCCAAUCAGAGAGCUUCUUGUAUCAGCAACGUCAUGCAGAAUUUCCAGUACCAUUCCCUCCGACGAAUGGAUUAUUAUACCCUGGAUUAGAGGAAGAGCAUAACACAGACACACCUUCAGCACUAGGAACGAACAUUCUUGAACCAAUAGCCAAUCCAUGGGCUACACGAUCGUUGCAGGGUACACGCCCACCAUCCCCGCGCCCUCAACCUUCACCACGUGGCUCACCUUCCCUUCAUGGAGACCGAUCACCUUCACCUUUACCAUCACCUCCGCCACCAUCACCUCCUCCUCAGUCUUCUAAAUCUGCACAGGAACAAACAAAGCCAGCGAAAUUCACAACGCCAUUCCAAUACCCUCACUCGGUUCCACAAUUCAAAACUACUGCUUUUGACCCCAAUAUGUUCAAGACGUUGACAGAAGGUCCUAAUGUGUUUGAAUUUAACAGUAGCAGUAGUAGCAGCAGCAACAAUGGUAGUAUCAGUGGUAAUGGCACUAGUAGCAGUAACAGCGUUACAAGUAAUGUAAGCUGCAGUAAAGCUCAGCCGUCUCCCAGUCAUAUUCAUGGCCGUAGUCGUGGCCAUAGUCCUGAUCAUAAUGAUGCAGGAAGCAGCAUCUAUCAGAGCGGUGAUGAAGAUGAUAACGGACAAACUACAAUAAUCAGCCAAGAGCAGGAUGUAACAUCGACUGUAGUAGAGCAGCUACAGAAGGAGUUCCGAGAAAAGAAGAGUCGUCCAAAGGAAGUAGUGCGGCCACCGAAGAGGAAGCGAGAUGCAUUCGAAAAUGACCAUUUCGACAAUGGCAAGCGAAUGAAGCGGUGCCGCAGGGAAGAAGAAGAAGAUCAUGUGUGUGAUGAGGAUGACACAUUUGAUCAUUGCUUUGGCAAACGCGCUCCGGUUAUUGGUCUCUAUUAUAUAAAGGAACAACAACGUGAAUACCCUGAGGCUGUUGAAGUUGAAAAUGAAGAGGCUAUAGUGCUUGAAGAGCGGGUCGACAAGAUGCGAGUACUACGACGACGACCACGACGAGCAAUAACAUUAGAAGCGGAUCAGUAAAAGAUAGGCCAUAGGGGACUCCGGUGGUUAUCGAUGAUGUCAAGCAGCCAAAGCGGGGAAACAAAAGAAAAGAAAGAAAAGAAAAGCUUUUAGGAAGCGAGUCGGCUGUAUAUAUUUUUUGUGUCCCCACGAAAGGCUGCACAGUCAUAAGUUUACUCACAUCAUUGUAAACAAGGAGGUUUCUUUUGCCAAGA